AGGAGACUGAACAGGGUUCAGAAUCAAAGGAAUGUUUGAUUUGCUGAGAGACAAAGACUCAGGGCAAAGCUCCUCCCUUACAAGGAAACGAAACCAACAGCAGCCCAGACUCAGGGAACACCUCCUCCCUUCCAAUGAAAUGAAACUAACAGCCUCCUGGACCCAGGCAGCAGAAGAGAUAGAAGCUAAAAGGUUUUCCCCUCCAGCUCUGCCCUCUCUGGCUCUCCUGUCCCAGCAUCAUGAUGGAGCUCAGUGAUACCCCGGCCAGGAAUCUAGACAAGUUCAUCGAAGACCACCUCCUGCCAGAUGAGGAUUUCUACACACAGGUCAAUGAAGCCAUCCACAUCAUCUGCAGUUUCCUGAAGGAGAGGUGUUUCCUCCACUCCUUCAGGGGGGCCUCCCACCCUGUUCGGGUGUCCAAAGUUGUGAAGGGUGGCUCCUCAGGCAAAGGCACAACCCUCAGGGGCCGAUCAGAUGCUGACCUCGUCAUCUUCCUCACCAAUCUUAAAAGUUUUCAGGAACAACUUCAGCGCCGAGGAGAAUUCAUCAAGGAAAUUAGGAGACAGCUGGAAGCCUGUCAGAGGGAGAAAAUAUUUGAAGUGAAGUUUGAGGUCCAGAAACAGCAAUGGGAGAAUCCCCGUGCUCUCAGCUUCGUGCUUAGAUCCCGUCAGCUCUACAAGUCGGUGGAGUUUGACGUCCUGCCUGCUUUUGAUGCCCUGGGUCAGGUGACCAAAGACUACAGGCCUGACCCUCAAGUCUACGUCCAGCUUAUCCAAGAGUGCAAGUCCCUGGGGAAAGAGGGCGAGUUCUCCCCCUGCUUCACGGAGCUGCAGCGAGCCUUCCUGAAGGAGCGUCCAACCAAGCUGAAGAGCCUCAUCUGCCUUGUGAAGCACUGGUACCAAAAGUGUAAGGAGAAGCUUGGGAAGCCGCUGCCCCCACAGUAUGCCCUGGAGCUUCUGACAGUCUAUGCUUGGGAGCAAGGAAGCAUGGAAACAAGAUUCAACACAGCUCAGGGAUUUCAGACCGUCUUAGAAUUAGUCCUGAAGCAUCAGAAGCUUUGCAUCUACUGGAAAAACUAUUACAACUUUGAAAACCCUAUUAUUGGACAAUACCUGAGAAGGCAACUUGCAAAACCCAGGCCUGUGAUUCUGGACCCGGCUGACCCUACAGGAAACGUUGCUGGUGGAGACCCAUGUAGCUGGCAUCGGCUGGCACAAGAGGCUAGAGCCUGGCUGAGUUACCCAUGCUUAAAGAAUUGGGACGGGUCUCCAGUAGGCUCCUGGGAUGUGUCGAUAGCCUUUUCCCACAGCUCCCUCCCCACCAGAGCCUGUUCUCCGACAAUAUCCUCUGAGAGGCAGCAGGAGAGACUCAGACAAAAGAGAGGAAUCCCAGUCUUCACGCUCUUCUCUGUACCUGGUGGGAGAGCUGUGGUCCAAUUUAUUGUCAAUAACAACAAAAAUAGUAGCAAAUGCCAUUUGUUGGGUGUUAAUUAACCGCAAGGCACAGAGCCAAGAAGUAUAUCUGCAUAUUAUAUGUGUGUGUGUGUGUGUGUGCGUAUUCAUUGAUUCAACUUAAAAUAUUAAUUGAGCACCUGCUAUGUGCCAAGCAUUGUUCUGGGCACUGGAACAUAGCAAUGAGCAAAGCAGACAAAAACCCCUGCCUCAUGGAGCUGACAUUUUGUGGAAUAUUCUACUGUUGGAUAGACUAGGAUCCUUCCAAGUUUCAAUUACAGGUAAUCCUGAGACAAACAUCUUUGGUUCACCCUUUGUCCACAUCUCUGAUUAUUUAUCCAGGAAAAGUUUUAGAACUGCCCUGUGUUAAUACAGUAAUCACUAUUGAGCACUUGAAAUGUAGCUGGACCCAAUCGAGAUGUGCUAAUCUUUAUACUUUUUUGAAUUUUCAGAUUUUAUUAAUUUUUGGCCAUAAGUUUGUACUGUUUGUAUGACCACAAGAAAUAAUAAAGCAAUGUUUCUUGCACAAAAAAA